UCCAACCCAACACGAACCAUCCAGCGCAGAUCGUCCUACCCACUUGAAUAUCCCAUAUCAGUAUUUCACUGCCUAUCAGGAUCGCGGACCGGAACUGUUGGCGUGAGGAGCAUGGCACAACCGAUCGGCUACGACUACAUUUCCAAGAUCGUAAGCUUGGGAGACAGUGGCAGUGGCAAGUCCAGUCUGACGAUUCGCCUCUGUGAAGGACGUUUCGUGUCCCAUCACGAUGUCACCAUCGGCGUCGAAUUUGGAUCGCGCAUCGUGCCCGUAGGACCGCCGGCGAGUCUGGAGUACAAUAUCAACAACCCCGCGAAUGCCGUACAGCCCACUCCCAAACCGACCAACGACUCGAAAUCGAAAGUAAAAGGGAAAUCCCAGCAGCCGGAGCAGAAGCAUAUGAAAUUAUCGCUAUGGGACACAGCCGGACAGGAGACCUAUAAAUCAAUUACGCGAUCAUACUUUCGUGGCGCAUCGGGCGCGCUACUGGUAUUCGAUAUCACGCGGCGGAGUACUUUCGCAUCAGUUACGGCCUGGUUACACGAUCUGCGGCAAAUCGCAGAGGACGAUAUUAUAGUCGUGCUCGUCGGGAACAAGUGUGAUCUGGCUCCUUCUACAGUAUCUGGCGACAGCACAGCCCCGAACAAGCGACAAGUGACAAAGGAAGAGGCAGAGGAGUGGUGUAAGGAGAACAAGGUCAUGCAGUAUGUGGAAACCUCGGCAAAGAGUGGGGAGAAUGUGGAGAGGGCGUUCCUGGAGGUGGCGGAGAGAAUUUAUCAAAACAUCGAGGCCGGAAAAUACGAUUUGAAUGAUCGGAGAAGUGGUGUGAAAGGGCCUGGAGCGGGAGGGGGCGGCGCGAGGGGUGUGCAGUUGGCGAGGAGUGACAAGAAUGCUGCGAAGAAGGCGGGCAUCGCAGGAGGAUGUUGCUGAUGGCUGGUGACCAUCAUGGGAUAUAUGUAUCUUGGCGGCAUUAUGCUCUCUAUCGGCGGAAGAAGAUCCUGGCCUGGAAGUCGAUAUCACGCGCCAACCGAGCCUGUGUGGCACAGGCCACAUUGCCCGGUGCUCUGAGCUCCAUCUGGCCUGGUCCUUCAUACCGCGCGAAGCCCGUCCUUGUGUGUCCUAUUCGGCUUUGAUCAAUGCGGGCGCUCGGCAGCAUCUGCUCACUUUGGAUAUUUAAAUAAGCAUUGCUGCUACCAAGUUUCAGAGUUGCGAUCAGCAACUUGUGUGGGAAAGACCCAAAUGACGGGCAGAAUCUACGAAUCCACCUCGCGGACUGAGUAGCGUCUGGUGACAACGGCACUGCCUACACUCGCUGCGAUGACGUUACUGAAAAUGAAUGAAGAGUACCUACAUCCCUAGGCAAGCCGCAUGGCAUCUCUCUGCCAAUGUCAUGGACGCUCAUUGGCUCAACUCAUGAGGAGGCCUACUGGUGCCUCCGAGAUCGAUGGAACAGUAAGGGCUGGGAGUGCAAUGGAUUCGGUGGUGCCUGGGAUGAAGCGCCUCACACCACAGCAGGACCAGAAAGGGAUUAAUUAUAAUGAAGGGGACAAACUCCUUGGCUCACUGCUGCUGCGUGCCUUGCGCGUGCCAAAUGGAGAUAGACUGUACCACGAAAUCAUUUUGAGACUCCGCCAGUCCGCCUCGUUGUGAACUUUUCUCGGUAAAGCCUUCUUUUUCCGUCUGCGGAGGCCAUCGGACUUUGGGUGCAGCCUCACUCCCAUUGGCGUAUUCUUCAUCACCAACGCGAAAUACCUCCUAGGUCUUCGUACAACGUAACCUUGUCGGAAGUAUCCGCUACUCGGUUGGGUGGGCGACAGUGACACCAAAAAAAAAUCCGGAGGGAAUCCUAAUAAAAGAGGACGUCUCAUGAGAAGAUUGGCUGUCACAUCGGUUGUCGGUAUAUUACAGCUUCUCCACUUACAGAAAGGCACCAAGCAACUGCAGGCUUGGCGAGAGUCAAUCAGCCGAUGACACGAGGUCCUUGCUGGCUCUCUCUCUCUCCCCUCUUCCUCAUGUAGUAGAGCUACAGCCAGCAGACGAGAGCACCGCAUGGCACGUGCCAAAAUCUCAUGUUUACCUUACAGUACAGACGUUGUAGGUAAGGUAGGGUAGUAAGGUAAGGUAGGGUAGGUACAGGUACAGGUAGUUAUUAUAGCACAGUAGCCUCGAUCUUCAGCU